AUGUCCACUGAAUCUAAACUCUGGCAACCCCUCAAGCUGGGAAAUGUCAACCUCUCCCACCGAAUCGCUCUCGCCCCCAUGACCCGUCUUCGCAACGAUGACGAUCAUCUUCCACUUGACUCAGUAAUUCAGUACUACAGCGACCGCGCCGGCAUACCAGGAACGUUGGUCAUAAGUGAAGCGACUGGCAUCUCAAAGACCGCUGAAGCAGCUCCCAGUACACCCGGGAUUUCCAGCCGCGACCAGGUGCAGCGAUGGAAGAAGGUCUUUGACGCCGUGCAUGAGAAGGGAAGCUACAUGUUCAUGCAGAUCUGGGAUCUUGGAAGAGCAGGAGACCCGAACUACCUCAAGAGUCGUGGGUACAAAUACUCGUCUAGUAGCGAUAUCCCCAUGGAAGGAUAUCCUGUUGCUCCCGAGGCGCUUACUGAGAAGGAGAUUUGGGAAAAGAUUGAUGAGUUUCGAAAGGCUGCCAGGAAUGUUAUUGAUGCGGGCGGUGAUGGUGUUGAGGUCCAUGCCUGCCAUGGAUAUCUCAUCGAUCAGUUCAUCAGCGAGAGCGUCAACAACCGAACGGACAAAUGGGGCGGCUCAGUUGAGAAUCGGGCCCGUUUCCUCUUAGAAGUUGUCAAAGCUGUCACCGAAGAAGUCGGAGCCCAACGAACAGCCAUUCGACUCAGUCCAUUUGCAACCUUCCAGGCUGCUUACACUGCCAAUCCUUGGGAUCAAUUUGGAUACAUUAUUGCGGAACUCAAGGAAGCUCAGUACAAACUGGCUUACAUCUCCUUUGUCGAGCCACGCGGUAACCCAGCUCAGACGGACAUGACAAUCCAUACGCUUCCUGGAGAUAAUGUUAACCCUUGGGGAGACAAGAAGCCAAGCCUUGAUCACUUCCUAGAGAUGUGGGAUAACCAGUCUCCCGUCAUUGUGGGUGGUGGUUAUCUACCUGAAAACGUUUCGGCAGCUGUUGAUGGCAGUUACAAGGGGUGGGAUGUCGUGGUUGCGUUUGGUCGAUGGUUCACCUCGAACCCAGACCUGGUCUACCGCGUCAAGAAUGGUAUUCCGUUGACGCCUUACAAGAGGGAAUACUUCUAUGCUGCUAAGAUGAGGGAUUUGUUGAAGCCACCAAGGCCUAAUGGUCGAUAA